GCGGGCACACAAGCAAAACCAAAAGCGAAGACGGACGCACCCACUCCACCUCCUCCCGAAAGACGACGCCGGACGCCCCCCCGCCAGAGAAGCAGCAGCAGCAGAGGAAGAAGAAGCAGAAAAGCGGCAAAAAGGCGGAAGCAGCAAGGGCGGGCGGGCAGAGAGGGAGAGAGAAUCGCGGUGGAGGGGAGGCUCCCGGUUUUGCUUCGCCUGCAAGGAAAAAACCCAACCUUUUUCUUCUUCAGCCCUGCCCUGGUGGAGGAAUAUUGUGAUCAAAUUAAGCUUUGGGAGUGGAGUAGACUAAUCCUGCUAAACAAAUAGUGCAGGAGUAAAUAAACAGUUUAUUCUGCUACCAUGGAAGUUCUUAAUAGCAAUGGUCAUGGGAUUGCAAGAAUACAGAAUGGUGAAGAGCCAUCAUCAGUUCCCGUUGAGAAUCCAGAUUCACCGUUGGAAACACGAAAAGGGUUACCCCACAAUUUGACAGAAAACACAGAGGGCUCAAAGGCUCCUCAAGUUCAUGCUGUACCCUCAGCUCAGGAAUCUGAUGAUCCUUUGAAAGAUAAGACAGACCUUCCUACUUCAACAAGUAAGGCUGAAGUCAACAAUAUAUCUGAAAAUGGUUCAACCAAUGAGAAUGCUAUUCCAGAUGAAUUAAAACCAAAACAAGACAAGAGGGAUCAUGAAGAGAACAUUGCUGCUACCACAAACAUAAAGACCGAAACAGAGACAAGACCUGAAAGUCCGUAUAGAGCUCUUGUUGACACUGCUGCACCGUUUGAAUCAGUUAGAGAGGCUGUCACCAAGUUUGGAGGAAUUGUUGAUUGGAAAGCGUACAGAUCUCAGACACUAGAGAGACACAGGGUCAUGCAACUUGAACUUGACAAGGCUCAACAAGAGAUUCCACAAUUCAAACAAGAUUCAGAGGCAGCUGAGAUGGCCAAGUUACAAGUGGUUGAGGAGCUAGAGAGAACUAGGAGACUUGUAGAGGAACUGAAACACAAGCUGGAGAGAGCAGAGAUUGACAUGGAUCAGGCAAAGCAGGAUUCUGAACUUGCACAGCUGAGAGCACAAGAAAUGGAGCAGGGGAUUGACGACGAGGCUAGUGUAAUAGCCCAAACACAAAUGACAGUUGCUAAAGAAAGACAUCAAAAGGCUGUUGAGGAACUGAAGUUGGUGAAGGACGAGAUGGAAUCAACACAUGAAAGGCAUACCGUUUUAGCUAGUGAAAGGGACAUAGCAGCCAAAAGAGCCGAGGAAGCUGUUUCUGCUGCAAAGGAGACUGAGAAGCGAGUUGAAGAACUCACUUUAGAACUUAUCGCAAUCAAAGAGUCUCUUGAGUCGGCCCAUGCCGCGCACCACGAAGCAGAAGAACACAGGCUUGGGGCAGCUUUGGCAAAAGAGCAGGAUUGCCUGUCUUGGGAGAAGGAACUGCAACAAGCACAAGAGGAGUUGCAGCAACUCAACAUGCAACUUGUAUCAAAAACUGAUGUGCAGUCCAAACUUGAUGAAAAUAUGCGCAUGCUACAAAGCCUCGGUACUGAGCUGGCUGCCUAUAUGGGAAACAAACUGAAUGAAGAAGCUGGAGUGGUUGAGGAUGAUGGUUCUGAUGAGGCUAAAGAAAUUAGUCGGUCAAUCAAGCGAGCUCUUGCUUCAAUAAGAAGGGAGCUUGAGGGGGUUAGAGGAAAUAUUGAAAAAGCAAAAGACGAAACCAACUUAAUAAGAGCUAUUGCAGAAUCACUUAGGUCAGAGCUGGAUAAGGAGAAAGCUUCACUUGUUACAUUGCACCAGCAAGAGGGUAUGGCAUCCAUCACAGUUUCUUCUCUUGAAGCUGAUCUCAACAGGACAAAAGAAGACAUAGAAAUGGUGCACAAGAAGGAAGUAGAAACUCGCGAAAAAAUGGUGGAGCUUCCAAAGAUUCUGCAGCAAGCAGCUCAGGAGGCAGAUGAUGCCAAGGUUGCAGCUCAUUCUGCACAAGAAGAACUGAGGAAGGCAAAAGAAGAUGCCGAGCAAACCAAGGCUGCUGCUGCAACUGUGGAGACCAGGUUGCACGCCGUUCUGAAAGAGAUAGAGGCCUCUAAAGCAUCUGAGAAGCUAGCACUUGUGGCAGCUCAAGCAUUGCAAGAGAGCGAGGAGACAAGUAGUGUUGAAGAUUCUCCUAGAACCAUUACACUUCCCAUAAGUGAAUACCAUUCUCUAAGCAAGAGGGUCUAUGAAGCUGAAGAGCUUGCAAACGAGAGGGUUGUCGUGGCAUUGACGCAAAUAGAGUUGGCAAAAGAGUCUGAAACAAGGACCCUGGAAAGAGUUCAUGAAGCAGCCAAAGAGAUGCACCAGAAGAAGGAUGCUCUUGAAAUCGCAUUGGAGAGGGCCGAAAGGGCAAAGGAGGGAAAGCUUGGUGCUGAGCAGGAACUGAGGAAAUGGAGAGCAGAGCUUGAGCAGCGCCGGAAAGCUGCAAAACAUGUAGCUAAUCCUUGGAGUGCUUCACCUGUGAGACUACCUGAACAGAAGGUUUCUUACCAGGAAGAUGAUGAACCAAAAUCACCAAUGUCAAACAAUAGCAUGGAUGACUUUGUUACAGUAACAGAUCAGAAGUCAAGGAAAAAGAAAACACUCUUCCCACAAAUGUCCAACCUUUUGUCUAGAAAGGCACAGACGUAGACAUGUAAGAUUAGUCCUGUACAGGCAUAUCUUACUAUACACUGUAUAGUUCAAAACUGUAAAUGGUUUGUUCAGUAUAUAAGUUUAUUUUCCAUAA